AUGGAGAAGAAAGACGGAUUUAUGGCUGGUGCAGAGGGAGGGAGAGCACGGGGGAUGAGCAUCGAGCAGCUUGAGGUGGAGGCUGGGAGGACAGACGCUCGGCCUAAAAGUAGUUCUUGGCUAAGUGGCAGUAGACGCAAGAAAGGUGGAAACUCCAGGAAACAGCAGCGGUUGCUUCCCAGCGAGGAUGAGGUGAGGGAGGCUGCGACUGAUUGGCCAACGCUCGGGGCCACUUUGAGACGAGCCCUUCGCUUGGGAGGGGCUGGCGGGGAUGAUCAAGCGGGGCAGGGGCCAGGGGCAUCGCAAACAGGAGCUGCAGUUGAAGGAGCAGCACUGGCAGGAGUGUUGGCAGCAGGACCAGCGCUGACACAUGGUUGGAGCUUCUGUGAAGGGCUGGGAGGAGCUGAAGGAGCAACAGGUUUGACAAUGAACGAGGCAACGAUGUUGCUGCAGGAGCAGCAACCUGAAGUCCAUGAGGAGGAGCCUAAAGUGGUCAUACACCUACGCACUCAGCAUCAGCGGGAGGAGGAGGAGCUGCAGCGGCAGCAACAGCAGCAGGAGCAGGAGCAGCAGCAGCAGCAAUCUUCUCUGUUACCUGCCAGUAAAAUGGCAGGGAUUGGAGGGCUGUGGAGGCCAGGGUGGCUGGGCGGCAGUCCCAAGGUGAUGGACUAUGCGUGCAGAUUCUGUGGCAAGGGAUUUGAUUCUCCUCGGGCGCUUGGAGGGCACAUGAAACUCCACAGGAAAGAGCGCAAGCUAGAAGACGAGUUUUUGCAAGAGGCCGAGGCUCAAGCCAGGCCUCCCAUGGGCCCCUCCACCCACUCCAACCCAUCUCCACCGCACCAUCCACUCCUCCCUCCUCCUUCCGCAGACCCCUUUCUCUCCACCCUCUCCCCGGAGGUCCUCCAAUCUCUCUUCCUCCGUUCCUGUCCCCCUGAAACAGCCCCUGCUGUCCCUGUAACACCUUGUGCGGUUACCACCGCAUCCUCUUUCGCACCUGCCCAUCCUGCUUCUGUUCCUCCCUCGCUUCCGUGCCUGCCUUCUGCUGCAAUACCACCACUUACCCUACCGCCAGUUGCCAUUCCACCAGUUACCACCUUUUCUCAGCAUCAGUCCCCUCUUGCCCCACCUGUACCCGCUAGUCAGCUGCGAGCAAUACCGCCUGAACUGCUGGCAGCCUGGGUUACAUCUGCUGUACUUCCUGAUGUCAGCACUGGCGGGGAUGAUGUGGCAUGGCUGCGACCACAUAGGGGACAGCUGGACCUGCAGCACGUGCAGCAGCAGCAGCAGCAGCAGCAGCAGGAGCAGCAGCAGCAGCAGCAGCAGCAGGAGGAGUUGUUGGCUCAGCUGUUGGCCCUGGCCGAGCAGCAAGCACAGCCAGGCAUGGAUGGAGUGUUGGAGCGAUUGGGAAAGGGAGAGCAGCAGCAGGGGGGGAGCAGUCAAGCAGAAGUAUGUGUGGGGCCACAGAAUGUUGGCCGAGGAGGAGUGGGAGGAGUGGGAGGAGCGGGAGGAGCAGGAGGAUUGGGGGGAGUGGGAGGAGUGGGAGGAGUGGGAGGAGUGGGAGGAGUGGGAGGAGGAGAGGGGCCUCCACUGCUUGCUGGGUCUGCCGUUACAAUUCCUGCUGCCACUGCUCCCCUGGUCACUCCACAGUACGGCUCUUCAGCUGGUGGUGGCGUUACAUCUCAUGGUCCUUCACGUGCUGCCUUUCCAUCUCCUAGAGUCCAUGCCAACAUGGAGUUGAUUCCGCCUGCCUCCAUCGCAGCGUGCCAGCAGCACUCCCUCUCCUCCUUGCUGCCGCCUGUCUUUUUCCCUCAGCCCAACUUGGUGCAGCAGCAGCAGCAGCAGCAGCAGCAGCAGCAGCAGCAGCAGCAGCAGCAGCAGCAGCAGCAGCAGCAGCAGCAGCAGCAGCAGCAGCAGCAGCAGCAGCAGCAGCAGCAGCAGCAGCAGCAGCAGCAGCAGCAGCAGCAGCAGCAGCAGCAGCAGCAACAGCAGCAGCAGCAGCAGCAGCCAUUGACUUCUCGGGCCGCCAUGAGCGAACAGCAGGAGGCUGGUGCUCUGACAGGGCAGUCAUUGCCAGGCGUGGGUGCAAGAGGGAGUGAGGAGGACGAGCUGGCAUAG